AUGGGUUUGAUAGACAAUUCGCCGACGAUCUUAAUCCCUUUGCUGCUUCAAAAUUUGGUAUCUCAUGAACUGAUUUACGCCGAUAAAUCUCUUUUCUACUUAUCGGAAAAGUACAAGCUGCCUAAAGUAAUCCGUUACCUCAUCGUCACUUGUUUUCUAUUCUUUCUAAAGUUCGUCCCUUCGAAUUUGAUGUCACUACAAGGCGGUGAUUACUCGUUUAAGCUCCGGAAAACCGACGUUUCAGCCGUCGCAGGGGCGCUGUCGCAGGCGCUGUUGAGUGUUAAUGACAUUCCAGUGAGCUCGAGAAAGUAUGAGGUUGUUUGGUCGUUGGCGGAAAGGCUUGUCGAGGAGAAUAAUGGAGAAGGCAUUGAGGCUUUACGUGAAGUUAAUCGUGUGGUUUUGUUGUCGGCUUUUUCGAGGACAAUUUGUCGACUCGAAGCUGCAAUGACGGAAUUGGGGUCCGAUAGGGUGGUUUAG